GUCAAAAAACUUCUCACAGUUAAGCCGCAGACUCGAUUCGAGCAUUUCGUUCACAGUUACAAUGGCGAGAUAGUCGGCGAGAAUGAGGAUGCAGUCGCGGUCGCGUACACAUCAGACUGUUUAUUUCUCGUGAUUUACAAGUGAUUUAGGCUUGAAAGCGACGGAGGGACCUUGAUAAAUCCAGCCAUGAUUCACGAGAAGCGGAUAAAUGGUGUUUAGAUGGCAGUGGGUGGUGAUAUAUGGGGACUGGAGUGGUGCAACGUAUACAGACAGCGGCAGUAAACGGCGAUUGGCAGCGGUGACCAUGCUCGGACCCAAACCCAGUGUUCUGGACGGGACUGCUGCUGCUGCUGGCGUUUAAAAGAGGCUUGAAGAAAGACUAAUAAUUACCCAGGACUCGGUUUUCUUGGGUGAAGAGGUGUGAACAUGGCAGGAAGAAGUCGGAGAUCGUGGUUUAGUGUGCUGCUGGGUCUGGUGGUCGGGUUCACCCUGGCGUCCAGGCUCAUCUUGCCUCGGGCCAACGAGCUGAAGAAAGCGGGACACAAGCGGCGGGCGAGCGGCGGCACGGGUGGCUGCGGAGGCGGAGGAGGGAUGAUGAUGAUGAGAAAGGAGUUCGGCGGAGGGCUGCACGUUCCCAGCACGGAGAAGCCGGCGGUGCCCCAGUCCAGCAGUUUCCUGUUCGUGGGCGUUAUGACCGCUCAGAAGUACCUGAAUAACCGCGCCGUUGCCGCUUAUAGGACCUGGGCCAAGUCAAUUCCUGGCAAAGUAGAGUUUUUUUCCAGCGAGGGUUCUGACAAGUCGAUCCCAAUUCCCAUUGUAGCUCUGCAGAACGUGGACGACUCAUACCCUCCGCAGAAAAAGUCCUUCAUGAUGCUCAAGUACAUGCAUGACCACUACCUGGACCAGUUCGAGUGGUUCAUGCGAGCUGACGACGACGUCUACAUCAAAAGCGAAAAGCUGGAGAGCUUUCUGAGGAGUCUAAACAGCAGCGAGGCCAUCUUUCUAGGCCAGACAGGCAUGGGUGCCCGCGAUGAACUGGGCAAGCUGGCUUUGGAACCUGGGGAAAACUUCUGCAUGGGCGGCCCAGGCGUGAUCAUGAGCAGGGAGGUGCUGCGUAGGAUGGUGCCCCACAUCCGUCAGUGCCUGCAGGAGAUGUACACAACCCAUGAAGAUGUGGAGGUGGGCCGCUGCGUGCGCCGUUUUGCCGGUGUGCAGUGUGUCUGGUCCUAUGAGAUGCAGCAACUGUUUUAUGAAAACUACGAGCCAAACAAGAAGGGUUACAUCCGUGAUCUCCACAACAGUAAAAUACACAGGGCCAUAACUCUUCAUCCCAACAAGAACCCACCAUACCAGUAUCGCCUACAUAGCUACAUGUUGAGCCGCAAGAUCGCUGAACUACGCCACCGCACCAUCCAGCUCCACCGUGAGAUUGUUCAGAUGAGUCGAUACAGCAACACGGAGGUGCACAAGGAAGACCUUGAGCUGGGGAUGCCUCCUUCUUUCAUGCGUUUCCAUCCCCAUCAACGAGAGGAGGUCCUAGAAUGGGAGUUCCUCACAGGGAAGUACAUUUUCUCGUCCUCAGACGGACAACCUCCACGUCGUGGAAUUGACUCUUCGCAAAAGAUGGCGCUGGACGACAUCAUCAUGCAGGUUAUGGAGAUGAUUAACGCCAAUGCCAAGACGCGAGGUAGAGUCAUUGACUUCAAAGAAAUCCAGUACGGAUAUCGAAGAGUGAACCCAAUGUACGGGGCAGAGUACGUACUUGAUCUGCUUCUGCUUUACAAAAAGCAUAAGGGCAAGACCAUGACUGUGCCAGUUAGGAGACAUGCCUAUCUUCAGCAGACCUUCAGCAAGAUUCAGUUUUUAGAGGAGGAGGAAAUGGACGCUAGAGUGCUGGCUGCCAGGAUCAACCAGGACUCGGACUCGCUCUCUUUCCUGUCAAACUCUCUCAAGAUGCUUGUUCCAUUCAAGCUUAGCGGUCCAGGUGUAGAACAGCACGAACCCAAAGAGAAGAAGAUCAACAUUCUUGUACCGCUGGCGGGACGCUACGAGAUCUUUGUUCGCUUUAUGGCCAACUUCGAGAAGAUCUGCCUCAUCCCCAACCAGAACGUCAAGCUUUUGAUUCUGCUUUUUAGCACGGACAACAACACGGAGCGUAUCAAGCAGAUCGAGCUUAUGAGGGAGUAUCACAUGAAGUAUCCAAAAACCGAUAUGGAGAUCAAGCCAGUAUCUGGCCCUUUCUCUCGUGCUCUGGCCCUGGAGGUCGGCUCGGCCCACUUCACCAAUGAUUCCUUACUCUUCUACUGUGAUGUGGACUUACUGUUUACUCCUGACUUCUUGAACAGAUGUCGUGGAAACACCAUACUUGGGGAACAGACAUACUUUCCCAUCAUCUUUAGCCAGUAUGACCCAAAGGUUGUCUACGCGGGUAAGGUUCCCAGUGACAACCACUACGUGUUCACAUCCAAAACAGGCUUGUGGAGACACUAUGGUUUUGGUAUCGUCUGUGUAUACAAAGGAGACUUGAUCAAAGCGGGUGGCUUUGAUACCUCGAUCCAAGGUUGGGGACUAGAGGAUGUGGACCUCUUCAACAAAUUUGUCCAGUCUGGGAUUAAGCUGUUUCGUAGCACGGACACUGGUAUCGUGCACGUCCAUCACCCCGUUGUUUGCGACCCCAACCUAGAUCCCAAACAGUACAAAAUGUGCCUAGGUUCCAAAGCGUCCUCGCAUGGCUCGACGCAGCAACUGGCAGAACUGUGGUUGGAGAAGAACGACCACGGUUUCCGAAGGAUCUCGAACUCUAAUAACGGAUCAACGAGGACAGAAUAGACCCAACAAGUGCAGAUCUGUCUGUCUUCCUCUUUAUGAUGUUUUUUAACUACCUUAUUUAUUUUUUACAGAAAAGACUGUGGAUAUAUUUUGAAAUAACUCGUUUUGUAAAGUACACAGGAGCAGAAAAAAACCCUGAAAAUUCAGACUCGACGUUUUUUAGCAAUGUUGCAAAUUGUAAAAGUAAUGAACUUCGAAGUAUGGCGUAACAUUUGAAGAGAUCUAUUUUACAAAUCCAAAAUGAGCAUUAUAUUUAUGGCACCUCAUGUAAAGACUGCUGUGUACCUCGCUGAUCAGCGCACCUGUCAAUGCAUCACAAGAGUUUCGAUUAAGAUGCGAGGAUGUGGUCUCUGGCAAAAUGGUUAAUGUUUAUUUGUGAAUGUUUACAGAAAGCUAUGAACAAGCGGUUUGAACUCUGGAAAGGUGAUCUACGUAACAAUCUUAAUUGUGACAAUUAAGGGCCAUUGAUCAAAAUGUUCAUCUUUUGUUUAUUUAGUUUAUUUCCAGUAGAUUUUCUGGGGGUUGCGUUGUUUUGUUUUUUAUUCGUUAGUUUUUUUUUAAGAUAACACUGUUUUGUUUUCAUCAAGUUUUUGUUUUUAUUAUUGAUCUCUGUGAAUUAAACUGCUGGAUGUAGAUCUUUCCAACUCAUUCCCACUGUCUAAUUUAUUGAACAUUAAGUCAUGUACGAUAUCAGACUGAGGUUAUGUAUAUUAGAGAUUGUAUAACCAUCUCAGUCAAGGGUAGUGUUUUUGUUCCUGUUUGGUCUCCUCUUUCUAUUUCAAGUUACUUUAAUUACCAAAGACUUUUUGCACAGUUGCUGUAGGUGAUAUUUGUUUGAAAGUGCGUGUGUAUGGAUUUACUGUAUGUUGUGUGUGUGUGUGUCUGAACCUAAAGCGGUCGAGCAGGACAUACAUUUUACUGUAGGAUAGAGGUACCUAUGAUCAGAUUUCUAUACUACAAAGCUCUGUUAAAGUAUAUAAGCAACAAUCCACGACAAAAUGAAGACAAUUAUUUUCUCAUGUAAUUUGAUCAAAGUCGUUUGAUCCUGUUUGUUAUUGAAUUUUUGUAAGGAUACGUACAGGCCGUUCACCUGGGAUUGAGCCAUGCACUCCAUGAGGUUGAUCAGCCUAAUCUGCUUCUUUACCUUCUGAUAUAAAGACCGAUCUCCCACAGUACUUUUUAUUUGUUUUGGGUUUUUUGUGCCGUUUUCAUACAUCUGUUCUCUGUUAGCUUCAAUACAACUGGGAAAAAGUUUUAUAUUUAAUAAAAUAAAAAAUGUUUAUCAAAA